UUAUAACAAAAGAUCUUCACCUAAAAGAUAAUAAUGAAGGCUUCCUCAGCAGGAUGGGGUCCUCAGUGGCUUCUAAGGAUGUCCCCAGACAAACAGGACACACUCCUAAAGAUGUUGGUCCUCUCCAUUGCUUCUAUUCUUUCAUUCUCAACAAGAUUGUUCUCAGUGUUGCGAUUUGAGAGCGUUAUCCACGAGUUUGAUCCCUACUUUAACUACCGCACCACAAGGUACCUUGUCGAGGAAGGAUUUUAUAGUUUCCACAACUGGUUUGAUGACAGAGCAUGGUACCCAUUGGGACGUAUCAUUGGAGGAACUAUCUACCCAGGAUUGAUGGUGACAUCUGCUGCCUUGUACAAUUUCAUGUGGUUCUUCAACAUCACCAUUGAUAUCAGAAAUGUCUGUGUAUUCCUGGCCCCCCUCUUCUCGAGCUUCACCACCCUGAUCACUUACUGGUUCACAAAGGAACUCAAGGAUGCUGGUGCUGGCCUUGUAGCUGCUGCCAUGAUCUCCAUUGUGCCUGGCUACAUCUCCCGUUCCGUGGCAGGUUCCUACGAUAAUGAAGGAAUUGCCAUCUUCUGCAUGCUACUGACCUAUGCACUCUGGAUCAAAUCCGUCAAAACUGGGUCACUGUUCUGGUCCUGUCUGUGUGCCUUGGCCUACUUUUACAUGGUUUCCUCAUGGGGAGGUUAUGUUUUUCUGAUUAACUUGAUUCCACUCCAUGUCCUGGCCCUUAUGGUGACUGGAAGAUUCUCCCACAGGAUCUACGUGGCCUACACAUCAUUUUACUGCCUGGGAACCAUUCUGUCUAUGCAAAUCUCCUUUGUUGGCUUCCAGCCUGUUCAGUCCAGUGAACACAUGGCUGCCUUGGGAGUGUUUGGACUCUGUCAGAUGCAUGCCUUUAUUGACUAUGUGAGGUCUAAGCUGAGCGCCGAACAAUUCAACAUUCUGUUCAGGAGUAUUAUUCUCAUUGGUGCUGUGGUUGGCCUGUCUGUUGCUGCUAUUGGAACAGCCACAGGCAAAAUCUCCCCCUGGACUGGACGUUUCUAUUCCCUGCUGGACCCCUCCUACGCCAAGAACAACAUCCCCAUCAUUGCCUCCGUAUCAGAACACCAGCCCACCACCUGGAGUUCCUUCUACUUUGACUUACAGAUGCUUACCAUUAUGUUCCCAGCUGGCCUGUACUUUUGCUUCAAUCGCCUGACCGAUGCCAACAUCUUUAUCAUCAUGUAUGGUGUCACCAGCAUUUAUUUUGCUGGCGUCAUGGUCCGUUUGAUGUUGGUCCUGGCUCCAGUUAUGUGUAUCCUGUCUGGUAUAGGAAUCUCUGCCACUCUCAACACCUACAUGAAGAACCUUGAUGUGUCCAAAAAAGACAAAAAGUCAAAGAAGGCUGUGGAUCAGUCCUACCCAUUCAAAAAUGAGGUAGCCACAGGUGUGGUCUUUAUGGUGACGGCUUUCCUGAUCACCUACACCUUCCAUUGUACCUGGGUCACAUCAGAAGCCUACUCCAGUCCCUCCAUUGUUCUGUCAGCUCGGGCCGGUGAUGGAGGACGGAUCAUCUUUGACGACUUCCGGGAGGCUUACUAUUGGCUUAGACACAACACAGCAGAGGAUGCCAAAGUGAUGUCUUGGUGGGAUUACGGUUACCAAAUAACAGCAAUGGCCAACAGAACAAUUCUAGUGGAUAAUAAUACAUGGAAUAAUACCCAUAUAUCAAGGGUGGGACAGGCUAUGGCAUCAACAGAAGACAAAGCUUAUGAAAUAAUGAGGGAGUUAGAUGUCAAUUACGUUCUAGUUAUAUUUGGAGGUCUUACUGGGUAUUCCUCUGAUGAUAUCAAUAAAUUUUUAUGGAUGGUACGAAUUGGAGGCAGUACAGAUAGAGGAGCCCAUAUAAAAGAGUCUGAUUACUACACACCUCAGGGGGAAUUCAGGAUAGAUAAAGAGGGCUCCCCCACCCUCCUCAACUGUCUGAUGUAUAAAAUGUGUUACUACAGAUUUGGAGAGGUCUACACAGAGGGAGGAAAACCCACUGGAUAUGACAGAGUAAGAAAUGCAGAAAUAGGAAACAAAAAUUUUGAUCUGGAUGUUUUAGAAGAGGCAUACACCACAGAACACUGGCUUGUUCGUAUUUACAAAGUGAAAGAUUUAGACAACAGAGGAGCAUAAAUAUCAGAGUGGCUUUAGUUACUCAUACAUGUAUUUUUUUGUUGAAACCAAACAGUUGUGAUGCUACAUUUAUAUUUGCUACAUUUAAAGUUUUAAAAUACAUUUACAGUACAAAUGUAUUGAAAAGUAUGAAAUUUUUCGACACAGGAUAUAUAGUAAUAGACGACUAAAACAGAGUUUUGACAUUUAUUUUUCAAAUUUCUUAAAUAUACAAGUUGAACCAGGUCACAAUAUACCAAACACAAUGUACUGAUGUGAAAAAUUACAUUCAAUAUUAUUACAUAUUAAAAAUUGAA